AAGGCAAGAGUAGUUUAAGCAAUUUCAAAGAAUUGGCAUACCAAAAACCUACCACUUCUGUCGUAGCAAAGAAAAGGAAGAACCCUCCUGAUAGCAAAACUACAAAUGGUACCAGUAGUGGAAAACAAAAGGGGGCGAAAUCGGAGCCCAUGGUUCCCUCAAAGAAGUUUCGAACCACCAAUGCGGAAUCUGAGUCGAACAGUGAAGAAGAUGAUUACAUCCACAAGUUUUUCGCGGAUGUGAAAGAAGACGCAGCAGGAACGGAAGAAAUGUAUACAACCGAAGAAGAGUCCGAGGUGGAAGAAACAUCUGAAGAUGAUAGCGAUGAGGAGGAAGAGGAGGAUAAUGAUGAAGAAGAACCGAUGCCGAUUGAGGCCUUGAUAGAACGCUACGGGAAAAUGCGUGAUGUUAAGAAAAAACAACACCUCAAGGCAGCAGCAGAAAAGAAAUCACCAACGGCUCUUAAGAAAAAUACGUCUACUACUUCUAUGAACAGUUCGGCAGGAUGGAUUGAGGAGGACAAUGACCAAGAUCUGCAGUACGAAUCUGACGGCGAAGGUGCAGAUUCGGGGCAGGGGGUGAAGCAGAAGUCGCCAUCGAAUGGUAAUGUGACUUCCAAUGGAAAAGCUUACGCAACUAGUGCGAUCAAAAAGCAUAAUACUACAUACGGUAAUGAGCAGCAGGAUUAUGAUGAAGAUACGGAUGACUUCUCCGGUUCUGAUGGCUUGGAUGACGAAUUUGAUACCGAUGAUAGUGAAAUGUGGACCGACGCGUCGGAAAAUUCGGAGGAUUCGGAAGAAUCGGAGGAUAGUGGUCUAACGUACCUGCGCCAACCGUACGACAGCGAUAGUUACGACGAGGAUUAUGAUCCAUCGGAUUCAGACCUGUUGGAUUCCGACUACGAAGAGGACGGCCCGGAGGAUGUAUACAUACCGCGAGGGACGGCACACAUCUACGAUAUCGACGACGAUACCGUCCCGUUCGGCGAGGGCAUGUCGCAAAUAAUUGAAAUUCCGAACAACGACGAUGAGGAGUGGGCCAAAAAAUCAGCCAACACUGAUCCAUCGUCGGACACGGACAUACCGCCAUUAGUUCCGAUUUACGACGUGCACGGCGAAUUCAUAGACAGCCCGGAGAAACUGCCAAAGCAGUUAGUGGAAACUCCGGCCACCGCUGCCGCUUCAAAAGUUGUUGCUCCUGAGAAGGAGGCUGUGGAAACUCCUGAACAGCAGGAGGCAAUAGAAACUCCUGAACAGCAGGAGGCAAUAGAAACUCCUGAACAGCAGGAGGCUAUGGAAUCUCCUGAAAAGGAGGUUAUGGAAACUCCAGAACAGGAGGUUAUGGAAACUCCUGAACAGGAGGCUAAGGAAACGGUUCCGAUCGAAGCGGAAGUGAAAACCAACGGCAAGCAGAAGGAGAAUGAGGAUGACUCGUCAUCAUACACCGACGAGGAAGUUGAGAGAGAGGUGGAGAAGGAUGUGAAGGAUUGUGCGGACCCGUAUGUGGAUGAGCCAGAGCAUACGAAAUUUUAUCGCUUCUACAAUGCUAUCGACAAGCGGAUGGCGCUCGCGGUUUUGAAGAAUCACAUUUACUUCUACGGACACUUGACCGUGCAGGCACUGUUCGGUCAGGUCGAAAUAAUGGGCUACCGGUUGGAAAUGGCCGAGACAAGAACGGUCACUGCCGCGCGCGGCUACAAUGCGGUCAGUCUCAUUCCAUUGCCAUCACCGGAAUUGUUCAAUAAGGCCGCGUUCAAGAAUGUCCUGCAGAAGUUAAGACCCCAUUUCAUCGAUAUCGACAUGGAUGCGCUGCUGGCAACAUUCGAUCCAUCGGAAUCGGUGCUCGUGUUGCUGCAAGUUGAGCCGGACGGAAGCACCUCGCUCCCUGUGAUCUGUAACUACCUCGAUGAGUUCAACCUAUUCCCGACCCCGAUCUCGCUCCGGGUCCAAUCGUCCUUCAGCCUAACGCAGCAGCUGUUGGAGGUGGAAUUGCUAACUCCCGACGUAACAAAGGUCCGCUCCGUUCCGCUCUUCCAGAAGAAUCCAAUCUGGGACAAGGUGCAGCUUCGCAAGUCCAGCCGAUUGAUGGUGAUCGGUGGCAAAGAUGCCGGCAAAUCGACCCUCUGUCAGUUCCUAAUCAACCGGCACAUCAGAGAGUUCGGACGUAUCGUGUUGCUCGACCUGGACAUCGGGCAGCCGUUGGUUCACCUGCCGGAAACGAUCAGUGUGAGUGUGCUGACGGAUCCGAUCCUUGGGGUGGGAUGCUUUGCAAAAGCUCAACCGCCUUCUCAAUGCCUACUGUUCGGAAGCGUCAACGUUGUAUCCUCCCCAGUGUUGUACAUUAAAAAUGUGCAACAAUUGGUGGAGCACUGCGAGGCAAAUGCCGAACUGAAGGACGUACCGUGGAUCGUCAACACGAUGGGAUACACUACCGGGUUCGGCGAAGAACUGAUGGCGGCCCUCAUCCAUCUGGUGCAGCCCACGGAGCUGAUACAGCUGCAAAUUCCGCGCUCGGUGAAAGGGUCCAAUAACUACGAGCACGUGCAUAAAGACAAAAAUGUUCAGGCUUACAAAUUUAACAUUUUGUUCGACGAAAUGGCUGAGCAUCUGCGAAAGGGGUAUCAGUUGCAGUACCGGUUUCGUAAAAUCAGUGUUAAGUAUGAGCGGCCUGCAGCUCCAUUGAGUAGCGUCAAACGUCGAACGCUGUCCAUCAUGACCAAGCUGAUUGGAAUAUUGAACGAUGAAACGGAAUGGUUUACCGACGUUAAACCUGUCUGCGCGUCUCUUGACGACAUACAAGUCCUAGUAAUGCGAGACGAGUGCAUGGCGCCCGCGAAAGGAAUUUUACCAAAUAUCCUCAACGCCAUGAUGGUAUACCUCUGCGAACCGAUGGCCAACGGUCAGCAGUAUAUUUGCCUCGGCGUAGGUAUCGUACGCGCCGUCGACCAGAAUAACAUGGUCCAUCUCCUGCACAGCCUGCCACCUGAGCAGCUCGAAAAGGCCAAGGUCUUGGCACUGUGCACGACCAGCCUGCCGGACUCUAUCUACUUGCGGCUCAACGCAAAAAUGGACGGUACCAUUCCGUAUCUGCAAAAUGUCGGGUAGAGGAAAAGCUAUGCGCAAUUGCGUGCGAAAGCGUGUUAUGUUUAUUUAUUAUCUUAAAAAGGAUAGAACUGAGGGAAUGAAUUGAAAACAACCGUUCAACAACAACAAGUGAGAAAUAAAAGUUGUACUGAGAGGCCGAGAGGCUUCAGCGCUGGAAGAACAAAAACGAAACAUGUUUUAUCUACGAUUAUUUUCAUUUCAUAACUUACAUUGUAAGGAAUUAGAUUUGCCUUCACUACUUUUGUAUCUGAAGGUAGUAAAAGGU